CAGCCUUCAUGGCGUUGAUGGCUCUGUUUUUUCUUUACCUCAACAACAAACUGUCAGUGGAGACUCCCAACAAUCUGUCACAUCUCAGUGACUAUAAGAACAACCAGCCAGUGCCUCUGAUGAGCUAAUCUAGUGGUCAGCGUGGUGACAGGAGGAGCCCCGGCUGAGAAAUGGCCUUCUUCAAGAGCUUCCAGCAGAAUCUCCCAUCUGUCAACAUUUCCUCCAUUUUGGACUCAGUCACCAGUCGAGUGGACGACCUGGCCAACGCUGUCAGUGAUGUCACCUAUGCUGUCAGCGACCAGCUGACCGAGCAGGUCACUACAAUCAUCGACAAGGUGCAGGAGAAGGAAGAUGGAGAAAACGGCAGCCAGGAAUCUGGUCAGAUUUCCACCCCACAAGAAGGCAAGGCCGGCAAUAAAAGCAUGUGGCAAAUGCCCAGAGACUCAGAGGUGGGCAACGCAGGCUCAAAGAACAGCCAGACUAGUGAUACAACUGAUGCAGCGCACACUCAGAGCCAGCUGGAGUGGGAAUGGAGAGAUGGAUGCUGGCGAGUUAAAAAGACAGAAGCUGAGUUAGCAGAGGAAGAGAGGAAAAAGAAAGAAGAGAAGGAGCUACAGGAAAGGAGAGAACAGAGGAGAAGAGAGAGGAGACAGAAGCAGCUGGAGAAAGAGGCCAAAUCUCAGAGAAAUGAAGAAGAAUCCCAAGAGGGAAGGCAAGAGGAGAAGGUCGAAGCUUUAGAAAACACAGACAAGGAGGUAAGCGAUAGCAGAGACCAGUCAGCUGUUCAGCAAAGAAGUGGUGACAGUGAUAAAACUCCUCACUCACAUGGUUGUGAAAGUGAAAGUGCGGUGUCAAAACAAGAAGAGGAAAAAGAUAAUGAGGAAGAAGAAGAGGUUGGCACUGAGCGAGAGGGAGAUGAUGAGGAAGAAUCUGAGCUUUCUAGAUCUUCUUCCACAGUGAAAAGGUCAGAUAAGAAAAAGGGGAACGGUGCAAAGGAGGGUUUGAAGAAAACAGAAAAAGCAUCAGAUGUGGAGAAAAAGAAGGACAAAGGCAAGAAAAGCAAGAAGGGGAAAAAGAAAGGAAACCAAGAGGGAGUUUUAUCAGACAGUGAGGAGGACAGAGUUCAGGAGGACAAGGCCCAGCAGAACACAACCUCUGCAUGGAGCGCCACACGCAAACAGUCCACUGAGCAUGGAGGUUACAGCAGCGAGGCCUCCAGUGAACGGGCCAACUGCAUCCAGAGGAUAAAGAAAGAUUCCUCGCUCAGUGAGCCUCAGCCUCCUCCAUACCAAGAUAGGGACUCAGGGGCCAGUGUGCCAUCUCGAGCCCACUCGGAGCGAGGGGUCAGGAGGGCGCCGUCCCCACAGCGCUGCGACAGUCCCCACUGCUCCAGCGAGGCCAGCGGGGACCAGGACACAGAAAGUUACCUCAACAAAGCCUGUGAUGAGGACAUACCCAGUGACAGCACUGCUGUUCUGGGGCCAGAGGAUGGUUCCGGUCCUCCUCUCCCCACUGCCUAUGAGCCAGAGCCCCUUGGCAAGUACGGCACCCUGGAUGUCGCCUUUGAGUAUGACUCCAGUGAGCAGUGGCUGGCCGUCACGGUCACCGCUGCAACCGACAUUCCUGCCCUCAAGCAGACGGGCAAUAUUUCGUGGCAGGUCCACUUGGUCCUGCUGCCCACCAAGAAGCAACGAGCUAAGACUGGCGUGCAGAAGGGUCCGUGUCCCAUCUUCACAGAAACAUUCAAGUUUUCCAGGGUGGAGCAGGAUGCCCUGGGGGACUACGCUGUUCGCUUCCGCCUGUACAGCAUCAGGCGGAUGAAAAAAGAGAAGGUCCUGGGAGAGAAGGUGUUCUACCUGACAAAGCUCAACCUACAGGGCAAAAUCGCUCUACCUGUGACCCUGGAGCCUGGCUCUGAACUUACAGGUUGUGGCUCUGUGGUGAGCGUGUCUCGCAGUGCAGGAGCUCUGUCCUACCGCUCUACUGAGGACUCAUCCACACCAGAGAUCCUCCUGGGUCUCAUCUACAACUCUGCCACAGGGCAGCUCUCAGCUGAGGUAAUCAAGGGAAACCACUUCAAAACCACAGCAUCCGAUAAGCCCGUCAAUGGUCUGUUUUGCUGUGUAAAACACUUCGUAGGGGGACAGCUUUAUAUCAUGAGAGACACAUAUGUGAAGCUGACCAUGCUGGACUCUAAGGGGAAGGAGAUGUCCAAGUGUAAGACGGCCGUUUGCCGCGGCCAGCCCAACCCCAUCUACAAGGAGACGUUUGUGUUCCAGGUGGCGCUCUUCCAGUUGUCCGAGGUGUCACUGGUGGUUUCGGUGUUCUGCCGCCGGAGCAGCAUGAGGCCCAGGGAGAGACUGGGCUGGGUCUCCCUGGGCCUCAACAGCACCAGCGAGGAGCAGCAGGCCCACUGGACAGAGAUGAAGGAGGCGGAGGGACAGCAGGUCUGCCACUGGCACACCCUCACCGACACAUAGGAGGACGAUUUACCAAGACCGGACUUCCAGACAGAGCAGUCCCUCAACAUUUUUGGAGAGCAGAAGGUUCCUUGUGGGAUGUAUGUUGUGUGUUGCAUACAAGUGUAAGGGAUGAGCAUGGGUUCACAGUCUUAACUGCCAGACUGCAUGAAUGCCCUUUAAUCUGCCACUUUUCUCUGAGACAGAUAGGGUGACUCCUGUUUCAGUCUUUUUAGUAACAAGAAAAGGCAACAACAUAUUGAAAAUAAAUGACAAUGUAAUGACUGUUCACAGCAAAAAAAAAAAAAAACAUGCAUGUACAGUAACUGUUUACAAGACGAUGCCGAGACACUUCCAGACAUUUUACGCCUCUGAAUCUUGGACCAAAGGGCUCGGUCCAGUACUAGCAGACUCCUUCCUUUUUUCCUUCUCUGGAUUUCCGCUGCCACCAGCAUACCAGACAUUUCUCGAUCAGUCGUAUCCACCGACAAAAGAGAAUGAAUGAAGAAGACUGCUCCAAAGGGCCUACAACAUGCUGCAGUUAUACUUACAAGCUAUGCUUUGUACAGUUGGUUUACAUGCACACGACAUUAUGCAAGAUCCAUUCAUUUGUUUUUACUUUUAUGUUCUUGGAUUAUCUUUCCUCUUCUACCAGUUUCAUGGCCUUUUCUGUGGGCUGUGUGUUAAACAAAGACAGAUUUUUCUUUUUUAUAUCAUGGUCUUGCAUAACUCAAUGCACUAUGCAUCUGACGCCACUUUAGACGAGAGGAAUGCAAUUCUUUCUUGUGCUUGCUGAGUCUCUUACAGAAUUGGACACAGCUCUGCAUGCCACCGGUAUCAAAGAGCAGCUUCCUUUCCUGUGUAAUACAGAUUGAGCCUGUUUCACUAUUCAGCCUUCUGACAACUCUGCCAUGUUCAUUCACGUAGAAACAUGGUACUUCCCGCUGAGGAGGAAUAUGCAAAACCCUGCACAGGCCGAGUAAACCUGGCUGUUUCUGCCUCGAUAGUGUUUGCUGUAACGUGAGUUAGAGUGGCAAAACAAAUUAUAAGAAAGAGAUGAUCAUAUUUUCUCAUUUUCAUUAUUAAAUAAAGGCUAAAAUAAACAAAAAAAAAUGUUCAGAGCUGAGAAAUCUUAUUAUCCAGGCAAGGGAUAAAUCUGGAACAAGGCCAGUUUUAAACUCAUCUGAAAGCUAUGAGGCAGAAAAAUCCCCCAGAAGAACACUGAAGACUGCACAGCCACACCCAUGUUUCAGUGAAUGAAGCCCUCUCCCCUCUUUCUGCUGGCUGAAGCCGAGGGGUGUUGGAUUCAUUUUUCUUCCAGAGAUGUCAGAUUUGAACCCUUCGUCUCAUUUAGGGAUGCUCCAACCGCACCUCGCCUCUUUAGUUCUUCUGCUUGGACAAAUUCCUACAAAGUCAGGUUGUUGAAAGAGCUUUUUGCAGUGUUUAAUAAGAAACAGAUGUUCUAGCAUUUAGAUCUAGCAUUCCUAGUAUACAAUAAUUUUGUUCACCACACAAACAGGAAUAACAGCUACUGGAAUGAUUUUUAUUAAAAGUUUGGUUUGCACUUAGUUUUAAAGUGCAGGUUGUGUACAGCCAGCACUGACACCCAUUGACGCAAUAUUGGGGAACAGGCCUAUUCACAUUCUUGGAGAGUUAGCAUUAAUGGCAAAUGUGCAGUUGGAGCCAGCUUAAUGUAGCCUAAAGACUGGAAAUGAAAGGGAAUGGAAAUGGAGGAAAACAGCCAGGGUUGCCAGGUCUGUAGUUUUCCUGCUUAAAUGAGCUGCUUUCGAAG